AUGGCUGUCAAGACUGGUAUCGCUAUUGGUUUGAACAAGGGUAAGAAAGUCACCCAAAUGACUCCAGCUCCAAAGAUCUCCUACAAGAAGGGUGCUGCCUCUAACAGAACCAAGUUCGUCAGAUCUUUGGUUAGAGAAAUCGCCGGUUUGUCCCCAUACGAAAGAAGAUUGAUCGAUUUGAUCAGAAACUCCGGUGAAAAGAGAGCCAGAAAGGUCGCCAAGAAGAGAUUGGGUUCUUUCACCAGAGCCAAGGCUAAGGUCGAAGAAAUGAACAACAUCAUUGCUGCCUCUCGUCGUCAUUAA